GGCUAUCAUUCCCUCAGACAUUACCAGUCCAUCAUGACUGUCAACAUCCCAGGAGUGAUAGUGAUGGUGUUUUUCUACCUGCUGGUCCUGGGGACUGGCAUCUGGGCUUCUUUCAAGUCCAAACGGAAACAGAAGAAAAGUGCCGCCACUGGAAUGGACAUGGCCCUGCUGGGAAACCGGAGCAUUAACUGGGUGGUGGGCAUCUUCACAAUGACAGCGACGUGGGUCGGAGGGGCUUUCAUUGUUGGCACUGUUGAGAUGGUGUACACGCCCUCCAUGGGACUAACCUGGACAAUCAUAAUGGAAUUGGCAUUCAGCUCAUCUUUUAUUAUUGCUGGCGUGGUGUUCGCCAAGCCACUGAGAGAAAGAAACUGUGUGACCAUGCUGGACCCUUUCCAUGUCAAGUAUGGAAAAGUAAUAGCAGCUGGACUGAGCCUGGCUUCACUUUUCAUUGAUUUGAUCUGGGUGCCAACGACAUUAAUUGGUUUAGGAGGAAUCAUGAGUGUGGUCCUGCAUUUGCCCUUCGCUGUGUGCAUCUGGAUCUCUGCUGCCAUCGCCAUUAUCUACACACUGCUGGGGGGUCUCUACUCUGUGGCCUACACAGAUGUGAUACAGCUUGUCCUCAUAUUCAUCAGCUUGUGGCUCUGUGUUCCCUUUGUCCUGAUGAAUCCCCACUCCUUGGACAUUAGCCAGACGCUGUUGAACAACACCUUACAUGCACCCUGGAUUGGUAAACUGGAGCUGAAUAGGACCUGGAUAAUGAUGGAUGAUUUCUUAUUCUUUGCCCUGGGGAGCCUGGGAUAUCAGUGCAUCCACCAGAGGACUUUGUCAGCAUCUUCCUUAGCCACAGCAAAGCUCACCUGCUGUGCUGCUGCUCUCCUCUUGGUUGUAUGUGGGAUCCCUCCUAUACUGCUUGGGGCAGCUGCUGCAUCCACAGACUGGAACCUGACAGCAUACGGUUCUCCAUCCCCGUAUGAUCGUGGGGAAGCAGCACUGGCUCUGCCGAUCGCCCUGGAGUACCUCACCCCAGCCUUCAUGUCCAUUGUCGGCAUUGGAUGUGUGGCCGCUGCUGUGAUGUCGUCAGUUGACUCUGCUUUGCUCUCUGCAGCUUCUGUCUUCAGCUCCAACAUAUACAAGAACAUCAUGAGGCCUCAGGUAGAGAUCUCCACCUGUCCAUAAAAUUCAAGUUGCUUAGGGUCAGCUUGGCAGUUUUGUUGCAUCUAGCAAAACACAUUGUUUGGCCUUUUGAAGUAUAAUAAAGAUUGUUCAGUCA